ACAUGCAACGCUGGUGGUUUUUGGAGGAAAACGGCGACGCGAAGGAUGUGUCCGCCAAGCUGGAAUCGUCGGGGAAGAAGGCCAAACCACCGAAACCAUCUGGCGACCGUCGCCACACCUUUCGCGUGCUUGUUACGUGCGAGCUUUUGAAAGAUGAAACCGUUGCGGUCACGGGAAGCUGCGAAUCGCUCGGAAACUGGGAUCCGGAACAGUGCGUUCAGAUGCAUCCCGAGAACGAUGGAACGAGCAACGUUUGGCGCUUGGAAACAGAACUACCUCGCGAGGUGUCUGUAACGUACCGCUACCUAAUAUGUUCAAUUGAGCCGACCACGGAGAACGUUCACGUCCGUCGCUUCGAAACACACCUUGUGCCGCGCCAGAUUCCGGUUUGGCUCGCCGAUGAGCCGGCCGACGGCAAGGGAGUAGAACCAAAGAUCGAUACGCUGGGCGAUAUCAACGGCCAUGUCAAGCUGGACAAGGGUUGGCUCACAACCGAAACGAUCGUCCAGUUCAAGUUUUUCGAUAACCCGUUCUCGGUGAAGGAUCGCAUCAAGAACCGGCUGCUGUACGUGAAGAUAACAACGAUGAACUUACGCAUCAAUGCGGAGAAGCAAAGCCUGUCCACGAUGCUGUCGGACGAAUCGCUGUCGAAUGAUACGCGCGAGAAUGCUGCGGAAUCGGCGACUACCUACUCGUUUACGGAAGUGACCUCACUAGGGAACGCAAACGCUUCCUACGAGCAGCAGUCGCAGUUCGGGUGUCCGUACAACAAGGACGACUUCCUUAUCUUCACCGUAACCGUGGCCGAGCCUGAGAACGUGGCCUAUCUCGUUGAUCUGUACGCGUACAGCUCGAAAUCGAAGGAAGAUGAACUGCCGUACCAUCUUGGCUAUCACUACAUUCUGCCAAACUUUCUCAAAAAAUCGGAAGGCGUCCUCGAGCUGCCGGUCACGUGCGCUAGCAAGCACCGUCCGCUGGGAAUGAUGCGCAUCGAGUACCUGAAAGUUACGCCCCUCUUGCCCUCGCGCUGCACCCUGGAGCGUUCGUACAUACGCUACUGGAAUAAGCGCUGGGCCGGGCUGGAUGUGGGACACCGGGGCUCCGGUACGAGCUUUAAGGCCAACGACGGCAACGUGAUCCGUGAGAAUACGAUCGCUUCGCUGAAGAAAGCGGUCACGCACGGGGCCGAUAUGGUCGAGUUCGACGUGCAGCUAAGCAAAGACCUUGUGCCAGUGAUCUACCACGAUUUUGACAUCUACGUCUCGCUGAAGCGCAAAACGACGCUCGAAACGAACGACCUGCUGGAACUUCCGAUGCGCGAACUGACGCUUGAGCAGCUCCGGAACCUGAAGGUCUACCACGUGGUAGAGGGCAGGAGUCGUGAAGCGAAGUUCUUCGACGAGGACCUGGAAGAGCAUCAACCAUUCCCGCAGCUGGCGGAAGCGCUCGAGCUGAUCGAUCCGCACUGUGGCUUCAACAUAGAGAUCAAGUGGUCCCAGAAGCUGAAAGACGGCCGCAUGGAAUCGGAGAUGACGUUCGACUCCAACCUGUACGUCGAUUGCAUACUGCGCGUGGUACUCGAGAAGGCUGGCAACCGGCGGAUCGUAUUCUCCUGUUUUGAUGCGGACAUUUGUACGCUGCUGCGCCUAAAGCAAAACCUAUACCCGGUUAUGUUUCUCACGCUCGGUGUGACCAGCCGCUAUCCGAGCUACCACGAUCCGCGCUGCAAUUCGAUCGAAAUGGCCGUGCGCAACGCUUACGCCACGGAGCUGCUAGGUAUUGUGGCCCACACGGAGGAUCUACUACGCGAUCAAACACAGGUGAACCUGGCCACUGAGAAGGGUUUGAUCGUUUUCUGCUGGGGCGAUGACAAUAACUGUAAAGAUACGAUCAAGCAUUUGAAGAGUCUCGGAAUUCAUGCCAUCAUCUACGAUAAAAUGGACAUUUACUCCGACAAGGCCGUCAAGGAAAGUGUAUUUUUAGUUGGAGCCCGCGAGAGUCAAGCUGCUCUACUGCAGCAGAUCGACAUCGAGAACCGGUACGAGCAAACCAAUCAACACGAUUUCCUCAACGACAAGGAUGUGCUGCUGAAUCGGGAUAAAAUGUCCUCAUCCUCCGCCGCUGCAGUACCCGUAACACCAUCGAGUUAAAUUGUGCAACAAUCCAUCCGUCUUUAAAACGAACUGAUGAAGAUAACAUUUAUGGUUCUUGCGUACGCGGGCUGAUUACGAGGACGAGGCUUACGAGCGAGUGAGCGUAAUGUUUGGUGCAGAAGUGAAAAGCGAUAUUAUUCAUAAAUGAUUGAACGUGGAAUGUAAUGUGUCGUAAGGGACGUUUUGUCAUGAAUUUAAUUACAUUCGUUACUGAAAUCGUUUGUUUUGCCUAACGGGCGGCAGAUCACGCGAUCGUAUUAGAGAUGCUACAAGAGACGCUACAAACAACGCCUUCGACACCAAGAGAUUCUUAUUUGUUUUGCUGAGAGGAUCAUGUAUUAGGUAGUAAUUGACUAUUGGGCCAAAGUUAUAGAAACGAAAGAGUGUGUAGUAAUUUCACGAUAAUUGCUCACAGCACAUAGCCUAUGAGUCCAGAGUAACGAUGGUGUUUCUUUACGCAAUGGGCGUUAGUUUUUUCAACAUAUUAAACAAAAGAUUUUCACAAACAACGGUUAUUCGUUUUCAGGGGAUGUUAUCUUCUUCAAUGAGGCUUCAACUUACAGUUAAAUAGACCUAAUAUUUGUUUCUUUUUUAAUAAAUUCAUUAUACGGUAAUGGUUUUAC